CCACCUUUGAUUUGGCUACUGUCCAAUUGUGCGAAUAUGGCAUGUAGGUCUCUGAUCAUUGGAAGAUUGUUCAGAAAGACGAUUGCAGCCGAGUUGAGUUGAUUAGUUUAGACAUAUAUAGGUAGAUUGAUUGAGCAGUCCAUUGUUUGCAUGCAUCCCUUAACUACCUACAGCCUUCGACUUGACGACUCAUUCAGUUGAUAAAACACGUGAAAGGAAACCCAUGCAACGAAGAGAUUAUCGCCACUGAGCACCCUAUCCGGUAGCUUAUAAUCGGUCAACUGUGAUACUACUUACUAUCUUCGACGGACCCUUUGCCAGUAACACGAGUCCAAGCAAUGUCCAAGAGAUAUCGCCAACUACUCCCUGUCCCUCCGAACGAAAACUCCCCUCCCAACUCGCAACCGUCUGGAUCUUCCUCGACUCCACGAUCCUCGAGCGACGAACCUUUGAAGCGACAACGAAUUGGAACCCAACUAGCGUGCAACUCGUGCCGCAAAAGGAAGAUUCGUUGCGAUGGAAGAAAGCCUAUGUGCGAAGCUUGUCGACGACGCGGCGAAAAAGAACCAUGUACCUACACCGAGAAUCGAAGUCCAGGCCAGACGAGUAAGGAAACGGAGCAGAUUCUAGGGUUAUUUGAAAUUUUGAAGACAGCACCCGAGGCUCAGGCCAUUGAUAUGCUUCGAGUCGUACGAAGCCACACAGACCUCGAUACAGCCGUGUCGAUAAUCCAACCACAGAUAACGAAGAACAUCAGUAAUCAUGAACGAUCUCCUGAGCACCCUCGACACCUGGGUCUUGAAUCUGAGCUCAUGGCAAAACAUUCUCUCGCUUUUCCAGCGCUUCAACCCCUUGAAUCUACUAUCUUGAAUGACCCGAACCCGUUCCCAGCCCAUGAUCCUGCCCGGAGCCUGGCGCCCACCCUCAGCCCCUGUGACGAACGAUUAGAAGAACUGAAUAUUGGAUUUUGGACCUCUGUGCCAGUCGCCUCCGACUUGGCUGCAAAGGUCAUAUCACUAUACCUUGAGACGGAUCAUCCCUUAUUGGGCCCCUUUGAUCCGACCCUAUUUGUGGAAGAUUUGAUCCAUUGUCGAACCAACUACUGCAGUAAACUGCUGGUCAGUACCGUUAUGUACUGGGGUUGUCAAAUGUAUAGUGCGGUCGACUCUACGGUUCAAUCCUUCAUACCACAGUUUUGUGAAGAGGCCGAGAAACGUUGGUCACUUGAAAAGGCGACAGAUUCUCUGCUAAAUCUUGCUGCAACGCAACUGCUGGGCUUAGCGUAUCUGGGUAAUGGAAAGGAUCACUACGUUUUGACACAUGUAUCCGAAGUGAACGCCAUGAGCGCUCGCAUGGGGCUUUUCGGCGUCGAGCAAAGCGUUGCGGUUUCCAAAGCAAAGCAAGUGAGCCCUGAGCUACAAAGCGCGACAUCAUAUGCUGCUUGGGGGCAUGAAUGGUAUCAUCCUUCUGAGCCCAGCCCCGAGUCUUAUCAGCAGACACCUCAGCAGACGUACAUGGGCGACACGUUUCCGAUUCUAUGUCGAUUCUGGAGAAUAAUGCACGAAGUGACCUUGAAAUACUAUCGUGAUCAGCCUUUCCCGCGCGAAAGCCUCAGUAGUCACAUCGCACUCGCCUUUGCAGAGUACAAAUAUCGAGAACUUAUAGCUUGGGCAGAGACACUGCCUCCAUCUAUGGUGCGUUCAAAGCAGAGUCCGCAUCACGUUUUGGUCUUUCAGUAUGUUUCAAAUUCUUGCUUCUUCCCGAUCCGCAGCUCGCCUGACGCUGCAUACAAAGCAUCCGUGAAUCAGCUCAAGCGCCUUGUGGUGGUAUAUCGAGAAAACUACACAUGUUCAUCUUACACGAUGUUAUGGCAUACUGCCCUGAUUCAUGUCGCAAAUGCGAUUCUUGGAGACACAAAAGAUCCCGCCUGGCGCUUUUACUUGUUCUUUUGUGUCAAAACCUACGGAGAAUUACGACGAUCAUUUCGGUUUGCCGAAACCAUCGGUCGCAGCAUAUUGUCCAUGACGCUCCAGCAAGGCGAUUUAACUGCGGAAGAAGCGCGAAGACUAAUGGUACAGUUUGAGGAGAAUAGGCUGACUAGUCCAGCGGAAGACAUACGGGCGACAUUUAUGGCUGAUUUGAAUCUUGCAAUGACGGAUCCUGAAGAAGCAAGUGUGGAGAGCCUGUCUGACAGGUUUGAUGACAUUGCACUGUUUCGGGAGUUUACGAAUGCGGGUGACUCAAGCGAGGACGAACCAGUAGAGUCGGAUGAUAAUACUUGGGAUACGUUGUGA